AGUUGCGCGCUGGCAUUCAAACGGUUCGGUUCGGCUGAGCCGUUGCUCCUGCAAUCCGAGCAUAGAAGAAACACGCGUUCGGACCCGAAAUACCGGUGACGGGAGCGUGGUGUUCUAGCAUUAAACCAAUCGAAAGUGCGGUUCGAAGGGAAAGUGAAUCAAUCCUCGAGGCCGAAAAUAGCACGUGCAAACACAUAUAAUUGAGCCAACCGAAGAAAAACACAGCAAAUCUCAAACUUAAACAGCAAACAGUACGUGGCACCUUGUAAGAGAGUGCGUAAGAAGUGUGCGUGCGUGCGUGCGUGUGUUUGGUUAAUCACCAGACACCGUGUUGCUUUAGUGACAUGUUGAAUAAUUCGCUAUGCGUACGGCGGGAAGUCGAAGUGGAAAGAGCAUGAAGAUAAACUCCCAGGCUGCCUGGUGGCUAAAUGGCUGUGCAGAAUAAAAUGUGUGCAUUGUAGCAACGCCCGGUCUGUUUAUGUUCAAUUUCUAGCGUGCCAUCUAGAUAACAAAUCACCGAGUGCGCGCCGUCUGUUAGUGUAACACAGCACAUUAAAUAGCAGCAAAAAAAAAAAACGUUCACACAUACACAAUUACCAACACUAAAGAUAAUCGGCAGAAGACUGCGAGAGUCUCAACGCACCCGGUUAAACAAACGAUCCGAUUUCUAACCAAUCCACGGCUGGCCGCGUAAAGUGACGGGAGUUAAGUUUCAUCAACCGAACGACCGACCGACCGACCGACCGACUGAACAAACGACCGUACGAGCGCCACAUCAACAGGAGCCGCAUACCGGGACGCGACUCCACCAUGAACAACAAUAGCAACAAAAUGCAAAUUCGAGAGUCGCUAGCAAUGGACGUGGACGGUACGACGGUGGAGAGUAGCCGGGGCUACCUAAUUACCCGCAUGACCCUGCUGGCGACGGUGGCCAUCUUCGGUUGCCUGCUGCUCGGCUCCGGUCUGCUUAUCUAUCACUUUGCGUCGUGCGAUGAGCAUCAUGCUUCCACCCUGCACCACACGACGCUGUGCGAGCAUCAACAUUCAACAUCGCACCAUCACCAGCAGCACGCACCGGCACCGGGUUCGGAUGGCGGUGCGUCCUCGACCACGCACAACACACUUAUCGAGGCGUCGACGAGCCGAGAGAAUCCGGGAGAAACCAUACCCGCCGGUGACAAUGUACCGGGUGACACUGGUGCAACAGGUGCCGAUGGGAAGGACCAGGGCGGACAGCGGGCGGAGGAUGGUACGGUUGCAUCAUCGGUCCGGGAGGACUUACGGCUCCCCCGAUCGAUCGAACCUGUUGCUUAUGACAUUCGGCUGAUACCGUGGCUGGUGGAGGAUAAUUUCACCUUCCUCGGUACGGUGGAGGUUCUCGUCAACGUGCUGGAAGAUUGUAGCAACGUGACGCUUCAUGUGGCCGCACUAAACAUUCACAGUGCCAGUGUAGAACGCUCCACUGGGCGGGGAGAGGAGCAGCACAGUGAAGCAGCGACUGCAGAUGAAAGCAGCGAAGGAGCGCCGUUGGUGAGGGAAAUGGUGGAAAUCGAUCAUAACCUUACGGUUGCUAGCAAGCAGUUCUACGUGCUUAUGCUGAAGACGCCACUGCGGCGGGGCGAACAGUACGUCGUGCGGUUACGGUACGAUGGUGUCCUGAACGAUUACCUGCAAGGUUUCUAUCGCAGCUCGUACACAGCUAACAAUGAAACUAGAUGGAUUGCCACGACACAGUUCCAGCCAACGGAUGCACGCCGAGCGUUUCCAUGUUUUGACGAGCCGGCUUUAAAGGCACGGUUCAACAUCAGUAUCGCACGCACCCGGGACAUGAUUUCGCUCUCGAACAUGCCCCGGUUACGUUCGUACGAAGCCAGCGAGCCCGAGCUGCAGGGAUACGUGUGGGACGUGUACCAGCAGUCCGUACCGAUGUCGACCUAUCUGGUGGCGUUCGUGGUGUGUGACUAUCUUAACCUGACGUCGGGCAACUUCGCCGUCUGGGCACGGGCUGACGCUAUCGGAUCGGCACGCUACGCAUUAAGCGUCGGUCCGAAGUUGCUCAAGUUCCUGGAGGACUUCUUUCACAUCGAGUACCCGCUGCCGAAGGUGGAUAUGAUCGCGCUGCCCGACUUUAGUGCCGGUGCGAUGGAAAACUGGGGCUUGAUUACGUAUCGCGAGACGGCCAUGCUGUACGAGGAGAACGUAUCGGCGAUAAGCAAUAAGCAGCAUGUCAUUACGGUCGUUGCACACGAGCUGGCCCAUCAGUGGUUUGGCAAUUUGGUUACGCCGUCCUGGUGGACGGACCUGUGGCUAAACGAGGGCUUUGCCAGCUACAUGGAGUACCUUGGGGUGGACGCCGUAGAGCCGGCUUGGAAGUCGAUGGAGCAGUUCGUGGUGAACGAGCUACACAACGUGUUUUCGCUCGAUGCGCUCUCGUCCUCGCAUCAGAUCUCGGUGGAGGUGCACAAUCCGGAAGAGAUACACGAGAUAUUUGACAAAAUAUCGUACGGCAAGGGUGCGACCAUUAUCCGGAUGAUGGACCAUUUCCUUACGACGGAGGUAUUCAAACGGGGCCUGACCAACUAUCUCAACGACAAGAAGUAUCAAAGCGCUAGCCAGGACGAUCUGUGGGAGUAUCUUACGAACGAGGCACGGCGCGGUGGCAUAUUCGACGAUCACACGUCAGUGAAGGAGAUCAUGGACACCUGGACACUGCAGACCGGAUUCCCGGUGGUGUUUGUACAGCGCGACUACGAGUCGGAUAGUAUAGAGUUUCGCCAGGAGCGGUUCUCGUUUGCGAACGCACUGAACGGGACGGAUGGUGUUGCCCGGCACAGCGAACGGUUUCUUUGGUGGAUUCCGAUCACCUAUACCACGCUGGGUGACAGUAACUUCCAGCAGACGAAACCAUCGAUCUGGAUGAAGGCGGAGGAGGCGCUGGUGAUCAAUAAUCAUGACAUACCGAGUCACGACUGGAUGAUCGUGAAUGUGCAACAAACGGGUUACUACCGGGUGAACUACGACGAACGUAACUGGCAGAUGAUCGUGAGGCAUCUGCAGGACCGGAACAAGUACAAAACGAUCGCAGCCUCGAACCGUGCACAGUUGAUAGACGAUGCGCUGAAUUUGGCGCGCGCAGGCUAUCUGGAUUAUGGCGUUGCGCUGAACGUUACGAGGUAUCUGGUGCACGAGACGGAUUACGUGCCAUGGAAGGCGGCUAUUGCUGCACUGAACUAUAUUGACUCGAUGUUCAUACGCACCCGCAAUUAUGGGUUGUUCAAGAAAUAUUCUAUGGAUCUGCUGGAAAACAUCUACCGCGAGGUUGGCUUUGAAGAUCAUCGCGAUAGCCCGCUGCUGACGGUGUACAAGCGAAUCAGUGUGCUGAAGGCGGUAUGCCAUCUCGGAAACAAGGAUUGCGUGAAUCACUGCCUGCGCAAGUACUAUGAAUGGAUGCAUCAGCCCAAUCCCGAUAUAAACAAUCCCAUUUCGCCCAACCUGAAGAGCACCGUGUACUGUACCGCCAUCAAGUAUGGUGACGAAACGGAGUGGGACUUUGCGUGGGAACGAUUCCAGAAGGCAACGGUCGCCAGCGAGAAGGAAAUUCUGCUCUCCGCGAUGGGUUGCUCCCGGGUGCCCUGGAUUUUGGCCCGCUACCUUGAGAAUGCUAUGUCGGAUGAGUACGGUAUCCGCAAGCAGGACGCGUUUAGGGUGUUUAUAUCGGUGGCAGAUAACGUUAUUGGGCAACCCAUUGCGUUCGAUUACAUGCGCAAUAAUUGGGCGAAAAUGAAGAGCUACUUCGGUGCUUCGAUGUCGAACUUGAACAUUAUUCUCAAAUACUGCACCAAGCGGUUUAACACCGAGUCGGAGCUGUUGGAACUGAAGGAGUUUGCUGAAAUCCAUUUGAAAGAUAGCGGCCGCACGAUACAGCAGGCGAUUGAGUGGACAGAGUCAAACAUCGCAUGGCUAAACCGCAACGCACAGCCGAUUGUUAAUUGGUUGAAUGAAGUCUAAAUUACCAUCCCAUAUUAGACACCCCAACCCCACCCCUUUUUUAUGGAUCCAUCGUCUACCGCUCUGCAGGUGGUGAAUAGAAAACGAGAAAGAGAGAGAGAGAGAGAUAGAGAGAUAGAGAGAGAGAGAGAGAGAGAGAGUGAUGGUUUAAAGUUAGUAACUCAAUUAGUGGCAAGCAGUUUUAAUAAGCGUACUUAAGAUAAAAUAAAAUGAACCGAUAACGUCUAA